AUGCCGCCGGGGGCGGGUCCCCGCCGUGCCACGCGUGGGGACAGCCGCGGUGACCCCCGGGGCCGUUCCCGCGCUGUCCCGGCUCCCGCUGGCUCCCCGGCGGAGCCGCCCUGUAAUUAUCCCGGUGGGAACUCCGGCGACAUCUGGACGCGCUCGCGUGUCCCCCCCCCGCCCCGAGGGGCCACGCGGCAGCACCGGCACCGCGCCUCUGCGGGGAAACUGAGGCCCGGGCGGCGGCAGCGCCCCGUGCCCCGCUGCGGGGGCUCGCCGGGGCGGGGGGAGUGCCACCAGCUCCGGAGGGGCUCCGCGGGCCCGGGCAGCCCCUGCCCUGCCCUGGGGGCCGGGAAGGAGUCUGGGGGUCGGACUGGGGAGGGGGGGUCUGGCCGUGAGCCCCCGCUGGAGCUGCUGCCCCGUGUCCCCCUGCCCGCUGCCCUGCCCGCCCCAGCGUGUCCGUGUCCGGAGGGGCCGGAGGAGGCGGGGGUGGACGCGGGGCUGGCGGCGGCGCGGGAGCAGCAGCUGCAGCGGGAGCUGGUGGCCCUGAAGCAGCAGCAGCAGCUCCAGAAGCAGCUGCUCUUCGCCGAGUUCCAGAAGCAGCACGAGCACCUCACCCGCCAGCACCAGGUCCAGCUCCAGAAGCACCUGCAGCAGCAGCAGGAGGUGCUGGCAGCCCGGCGGCAGCAGGAGCUGGAGCAGCAGCGGCAGCGGGAGCGGCAGGAGCUGGAGCAGCAGCAGCGCCUGGAGCAGCUGCAGAGCCUGCGCCCCAAGGAGCGGGGCCGCGACAGCGCCAUCGCCAGCACGGAGGUGAAGCUGAAGCUCCAGGAGUUCCUGCUCAGCAAGACGAAGGAGCCGGGCCCCGGCGCCCCCAACCAUUCCCUCCCCCAGCACCCCAAAUGUUGGGCUCACCACACCUCGUUGGACCAGAGUUCCCCCCCCCAGACCGGCAGCCCGGGGACCCCCCCGUCCUACAAGCUCCCCCUGCUCGGCACCUACGACGGCCGGGACGAUUUCCCGCUGCGCAAGACCGCCUCGGAGCCCAACCUGAAGGUGCGCUCGCGGCUGAAGCAGAAGGUGGCGGAGCGCAGGAGCAGCCCCCUGCUGCGGCGCCGCGACGGCUCCGUGCUCAGCGCCUUCCGCAAGCGGCACGUGGAGAUCACCGGGACCUGGCACCCCGGGGGCAGCACGGGCGCCCCGGUGCCAGCGCUGUCCCCGCAGGUGUCCCCGAAGCUGUCGCCGCAGGCGGAAGGCGAGCGGCCGGGGGUGUCCCCGGGGGUGUCCCCGCUGCGCCCCGGGGCCGCCCUCCCCGGGAAGUUCCUGAGCACCUCGUCCAUCCCGGGCUGCCUGCUGGGGGUGGCCCUGGACGGGGAGGCCCCGGCCGGGUCCCCGUCGCUGCUGCAGCACGUGCUGCUGCUGGAGCAGGCGCGGCAGCAGAGCGCCCUGAUCGCUGUGCCCCUGCACGGGCAGUCCCCGCUGGUGACCGGGGGGCGCGGGGGGGGUCCCCGCGGGAGCAAGCUGCCGCGCCACCGGCCCCUGAGCCGCACGCAGUCCUCGCCGCUGCCCCAGAGCCCCGCGGCGCUGCCCCACGGCGCCCUGCAGCACCACUUCCUGGACAAGCAGCAGCUCAAGCUGCUCCCCAAGGGGGGGGAGCUGGCGCGGCAGCCCCCCACGCACCCCGAGGAGACGGAGGAGGAGCUGACGGAGCAGCAGUCGCCCCCCCCGGGGGAGAGAGGCCCCCCCGGGCCCCCCCUCGGCCCCCCCCUCGCCCUGGCGCCCCCCGAGGCCGGGGACCCCCCGGAGCAGCCGCAGGACCCCGAGGGCGGCCAGGAGCCGGGUGACAGCGGGGACGAGGCCCCCGGGGACCCCGACGUCGCCGAGCUGGGCGUCACCUACAAGCAGGUGAGGCUUUUGGGGGGGAUUCGUGUCCCUCCAUCCCCCAACCUGGGGAGCCCGGGGCUCCCUGGAUCCCCUGGGAUCCCCCUGCCCCCGGGCUGCCCCGCGGGGGUGUCCCGGGUGCCAGCUGUGCUGUGCCCAGGCGUGGUGUACGACACCUUCAUGCUGAAGCACCAGUGCACCUGCGGGAACACCACCAUCCACCCCGAGCACGCCGGCCGCAUCCAGAGCAUCUGGUCCCGGCUGCAGGAGACGGGGCUGCUGGGCAAGUGCGAGCGCAUCCGGGGCAGGAAGGCGACGCUGGAGGAGAUCCAGACGGUGCACUCGGAGCACCACGCGCUGCUCUACGGCACCAGCCCCCUGAACCGCCAGAAGCUGGACAGCAAAAAGCUGCUGGGUCCCAUCACUCCGAAGACGUACGCGGUGCUGCCGUGCGGGGGCAUUGGGGUGGACAGUGACACGGUGUGGAACGAGCUGCACUCGUCCAGCGCCGUGCGCACGGCCGUGGGCUGCCUGCUCGAGCUGGCCUUCAAGGUGGCCGCGGGCGAGGUCAAGGUGGGCGCGUUGUGUCGCCGUCACACGUGUCCCUGCCGUCACACGUGUCCCUGCCUGUCCCCCGCGUGUCCCAGCUGUGUCCCAGUGCCACGCACGCACCUCAGUGUCCCACAUCCCUCUGUCCCAGCUGUGUCCCAGUGCCACACGUGUGUCACACACACACACCUCAGUGUCCCACAUCCCUCUGUGUCCCACCUGUGUCCCUGUGUCCCAGCUGUGUCCCAAUGCCACACGUGUCUGUCACACAUACACACCUCAGUGUCCCACCCAUGUCUCUGUGUCCCACCCAUGUCUCUGUGUCCCACCCGUGUCUCUGUGUCCCACCCGUCGCCAGGGGUCCCUGCCCUGGUGGGGGUCCCUGCCCUGGCGGGGGUCCCUGGCAGGGGUCCCAGCGGCGCCGCCCCCAGGACCGUGGUGAUGCCCAUCGCCACCGAGUUCUGCCCGGACCUGGUGCUGGUCUCCGCCGGCUUCGACGCCGUCGAGGGCCACCUGUCCCCGCUCGGGGGCUACUCCGUCACCGCCAAGUGCUUCGGGCACCUGACCAAGCAGCUGAUGAUGCUGGCGGGGGGCCGGGUGGUGCUGGCGCUGGAGGGGGGGCACGACCUGACGGCCAUCUGCGACGCCUCCGAGGCCUGCGUGUCCGCCCUGCUGGGCCUCGAGCUGGAGCCCCUGGACCCGGCCCUGCUGCAGCAGAAGCCCAACGUGAACGCGGUGGCCACGCUGGAGAAGGUCAUCGAGAUCCAGAGCCGGCACUGGGGCUCGGUGCGGCGCUUCGCCGCCGCCGUGGGCCGGUCCCUGCUGGAGGCGCAGCGCGGGGACACCGAGGAGGCCGAGACGGUGACGGCCAUGGCGCUGCUGUCCGUGGGCGCCGAGCACCGCGGGGGCACCGGCACCGGCACCGGGACAGAGCCCCCGGGAGUCUCCCGGAGCCGCCGGAGGAUGAGGAUGAACUGGGACAGGAGUGGGGACCCCUACUCAGUUUCGGGGGUCCCUGGGGCAACAGGAGCGUGA